AAUUUUGUUUCUAUUUUUUUUAUUUUAUCAUUGUUGUUUGUUUGAACUUGAAAAGAAUCAUAGUAAGAAGCAAAAUGUGUGUGUGAUUUAGGUUUUUUUGUGUUGUGUUUCUGUUUUUCUAGUUUCUGAGUGUGAUUGUUUAUAAGGAAGCAAAUUGGGUUUGUAAAUUUAGGUUGUUUUGUUUGGAUUCCGAGAAAGUGUAGGAAAAUUUUGGUUGAGUUGCAUAGUUUGUGCAAAGUCACGUGCUUUGCACGAGGAUGUUGAGCUGAGACAAGGGUUUGGAGAGUAAAUGGUGGUACUUCAAUUUCAACAUUUGGGUUUUGAAGGGUUUUUUUUGUUUGUUUGUAUUGAAGAGAGAAAAUAGGGCUAGCAUAUUGUUAAUUUUCUUUUAUUUUGAGAAAAGGGGAAAUGCAUUUGUUAGUGUAGCACCCAUACCUCUGAUCAAAGGCGUGUCCGGUGUCUGACAUUGACACUAUGUGAUUACAUUUAAUUAAUUAAUUUUCUCAAAUUAUUACCGGUGUUGACUUGUUAGUGGCGUGUCUGGUGUCCGUGCUUCAUGUAAGAGCUUGACUUUGUACGACAUAGUUCGAAUCUGAACAGGGACAGUUGUAAAUAUGGUCAUUAGUGCAUCGUUAUUAAUGAUAAUCUCCCCUUCCUCUAUUUUUUAAAAUGACAAAAGUAGACUUAUGUGGCAAUGCGAGGAGUUCUCAUUGGAUGUCAGUGUAAAUCUAAUUUACAUCAACAUUACAUUUCCAUUGAACUCGUUUUUGUUUUCUUCUAACAGAGAUUUUCUGAACAUAGAUUUUAGCAACUAAUGGCGUCAUCAGAUGAAGAGGGGGAGAUUGUUCCGGAUUCUGUUGAUGGUUAUUGGUUUGAAAAUGAUAAGGCUGAAUUUGUGUCACUUUCUAGUUUGACAUUAUUGUGGAGCGUUAAUGAUGUCACAUGUAACUCAGAAGCCAAAGUGUUUUUACGUGGUACCACCGAUAAUGGUCUCCAGAAAAUUCACAAACAGAUUAUAGGAUGGAGAUUUGAGCUUUCCUUUGAGCAGCCUGAAAUUUCAGUGCUUUUGAGGGAGAAAUACUGGAUGACUCUUCUAAAACCGAGCAAAUGCUUUGAAAAUACUAUUAGGUCAGUCUUGGUUACAGUUUAUUGGUUGCACUGUGUGAAAUGGAAACCAGAGGAAUCAAGAGCAUCUAUUCUUGUCAAAGUGUUGAAGGAAUUUAGCUCAUUUGAUAUUACACCAUCUGAGAACGAUGUUCUAUGUCAUAUGGCAUUGAUUAGUGAAGCUGUUAAAAGGGACACAGAUUUAACAAAAUCCAAGUAUUUGCUUAAUUUCAUUGGAAAGACAUGUUCAAAUGGAGACUUCCAUGCGGAUGUUCACACGACAAAGAAAUUAAAAGUGAUAGUUGAGUCAGAGGAGAAUCCGGAGCAGGAGAAUGACAUUGUUGAAUCAGAGGAGGAGGAUCCGGAGGAGGAAAAUGACAUAGUUGAAUCAGAGGAGGAUCCGGAGCAGGAGAAUGACAUUGUUGAAUCAGAGGAGGAGGAUCUGGAGAAGGAGAAUGACAUGGUUGAAUCAGCGGAGGAGGAUCCGGAGGAGGAGAAUGACAUGGUUGAAUCAGCAGAGGAGGAUCCAGAGGAGGAGAAUGACAUGGUUGAAUCAGCGGAGGAGGAUCCGGAGGAGGAGAAUGAUAAAUCUGACGGUGAAGGCGUACUCAAUUUAGAUGAAGAGCAAGAUAUCGGAUACGAUACUGUUUGUGCAAUUUGUGAUAACGGUGGUGAAAUACUUCCUUGUGAAGGAAGAUGUUUGAGAUCCUUCCAUGCAACCUUAGAGGAUGGUAGAGAUUCAUUGUGUGCAUCUCUUGGUUACACUCGUACUGAAGUCAAUGCUUUUCCAAACUUCUAUUGUGAAAAUUGUAAACAUAAGAAGCAUCAAUGCUUUGCAUGUGGCAAAUUGGGUUCAUCUGAUGAAUCAUCUAAUCCAGAGGUAUUUCCUUGUGUUACUGCAAAUUGUGGUCACUAUUACCACCCUGAAUGUGUUGCAAGACUACUCUACCCUGGCAUUGACAUUGGACAAGAGGAAAUGAGAAAGCGCAUUAUCAUCGAAAAAACAUUUGUCUGUCCUCUUCAUAUAUGUUCUUUAUGCAGAAAAGGUGAAAAUAGAAAUGUUCAUGAUCUGCAAUUUGCAAUGUGUAGACGCUGCCCUAAAGCUUACCACAGGAAAUGCUUGCCUAAGGAAAUUUCCUUCACAUAUGAUUAUUAUACGGGCAUUGAGAUGAGGGCUUGGGACAAUCUCCUUGACAAACGAAUUUUGAUGUAUUGCAUGAAUCACAAAAUAGUUUUGGAACUCGGAACUCCUGCUAGAGACCAUCUGAUAUUUCCGAAUAAGGAAGUCAAAAGGAAGAUAAUCAGUACCGAAUCAUUACACAGAGAGAAGGAUGCUAUACCAUUGAAGAAAUUUUUUGAAGAUCUUCUUCCUAAUAAGACAUUGAAGCCAAAAAUGACUAUAAAGGAAAGAGUUGGUCUUCAAAUGGGUGGUUCUUCCAAAGUUAUGGAGAAAAUAUGUUCUAAGCAAGAUACACAUAUGUCAACUGGACCAGUUUAUUUUGACAGGGCUAGAAAAUAUUUGAAAGUUGAAACCAUGUCUGGGUCAAAUAGGUCGUUACCAAAUUAUGAAAACAAAGUGCCUUUAAAAAAUGUUAACUUGUCCUGUAAUCCAAGGUUGGAUGAAGCUAGAUACCAACAGAAAAGAUCUGUUGGUAGAAUUGAAGAAACAAGCUGGAAGAAGCCUCCGGUAAAGAAAGUCAAAACAUCACUUGAGGAUAGAAAAGCAGAUAUGGAAAAACGAAUUUUGGCUUUAAUGGAAGAAGCCACUUCUACAUUGAACAUGGAAAAAUUUAAAAAGGACAAUCAUGCCGUCAAUACAAGUUCGAGUCUCACAGAAACUGUAUUUCGUAAGACCCUUACUCUAGGAAAAGUUGAGGGUUCGGUUAAGGCUGUUCAAAUAGCUUUACAGAAGCUAGAUGAAGGAUGUGGUAUUGAGGAAGCAAAAGCUAUUUGUGAGCCAGAAAUCAUUCGUCAGCUUUUUACUUGGCAGAAGCAGCUCAAGAUAUAUCUUGCACCUUUUCUUCAUGGAAGGCGAUAUACUUCAUUUGGUCGUCAUUUCACUAAAAUAGAUAAGUUGAAGGAGAUUGUUGAUAGGCUUCAUUGGUAUGUGCAGAGUGGUGACACGGUUUUGGACUUCUGCUGUGGUGCAAAUGACUUCAGCUGUCUAAUGAAAUCAAAGCUUGAGCAGACUGGGAAGUUAUGUUCCUUUAAGAACUAUGAUUUAUUCCAAGCUAAGAAUGAUUUCAACUUCGAAAAGAGAGAUUGGAUGAGUGUCCAGGCUGAGGAAUUACCCCAUGGUUCUAAUCUUAUCAUAGGGCUGAAUCCUCCUUUUGGGGUCAGGGGUUCUCUUGCUAACAAAUUUAUCGACAAGGCACUGACAUUUAAGCCAAAACUCCUUAUACUUAUUGUGCCAAAAGUAACUAGAAGACUUGACAGAAAGAAAGCUGGAUAUAAUUUAAUUUGGGCGGAUGAGGAAAUAUGUUCAGGAAAGUCGUUUUAUCUGCCUGGUUCUGUCGAUACUCGAGAUAAGCAAUUGGAAGACUGGAACCUGAAGCCGCCGCCUCUUUACCUUUGGAGUCGCCCUGACUGGACUGCUUGGCACAUGCAAAUUGCUCGAAUGCAUCGCCACAUCAAAUAUGAUGCGUAUAAUAAUAAUAAAGGAAAAAAAGUGACAAAUUAUCUUAUGGAGGAGAAUCAUGAUUGUUAUCAGAAUUACCCUGGGUUACAUGCACCUAAUAAUUUUUUAAGCAUAUUUGAUGGUGUUCCAGAUGAUAAUGGUGACAUUAUAACAGAGAAUGGAGCAACUAGGUUUCCUUGAUGAAGAGAACUAGAAUGGGAGGAUGGAUUACCUAUGAUGAAGCUGAGGAAAUGUUUUUUUAUAUGGAUUUAUCAUCUCUAGAAUGAGGAUGAUUGGGUUGAAACAUUACAAUGAAAAACAUGUAAAAAAAAAUAUUGGACAAAGUAUCCAGUAGUAUAGUGCAAUACUUGAUGUAUAGUCUAACUAAUGUGGUUUGGUUAUAGUAUAUAUUGAUAACUAGGUGCCAAUUAUGUCACCAUAAACAUGCAAGCCAUGGAAUCAAGUUUUUUUUCAAUA